AUGGAUAAUGAUCUCAUGAGCUUGUCGGGGUUGAAAACAUCUAUAAGGACGUGGAGAAAUCCCUGGAAAUGGGUUCCGGUUUUAGAUGUAGACAGCUUUGAUUUCCCAAAUCACGAAGCAUGUGUGGAUUUCAUCAACAAGUUUCUGAGUUUCCAGAGCGAAUUCUACUUGCGUGAAUUCAAGCUAGUCACUGAAUGUGUCUCUAUUUACGAGCCCUGUCUCGUUAGAGUGCUGAAGCGCAAGAUCCAACACUUCCAAGUUGAUAAUCAGUUCGCACUUCAGAGCAUGAAGAUUCCAUUAAACCAAUCUGUUUGUGAGAAUUUGGUAUGCUUAAAGCUCUAUUCUACAAGGCUGACUGAGUUUGAGUCUCUUUCCUUACCCUGUCUCAAGAUCAUGUACUUGAAAGAUGUUAAAUUGCCUAGGAAUGUAGUUGUUGAGAUUGAUACUCCGAGGCUUAAGUAUCUGACUCUCAUAGAUUACAACUUCAAAAGAUUCUUCAAGAUUAUCAGUAUGAGUGAUUCUGUCAAGGUUGACAUUGAUAUCGAUGUCGACCGCCGCGACAUAGCGGGUUAUAUAUUAUCAGAAAUAAAUGUUAUCUACAAUCUUCUUAGCAAUUUUACGGCCGUUAAAGUUAUGACCAUCUCACGGAAGACUCUUCAGGAAUUAGUUAAAGAUGAUUUAAGAAGGGAAACCAAGCUUUCGACUGUGCUGUCUUUUUGUUUGGUAUCGUCCCUUGAGUCUGUUGAAAUGGAAAGCCCAAUAACGGAGAAAGAAACAGAGAAGAAACUGGUUAGAUACUUUCUAGACAAUGCGACAUCACUCAAGAAGCUCGUUCUACGUUUGAAUCUGUCUCAGGGAGAGAAACACAAGUGGAGAAAUCCCUGGAAAUGGGUUCCGGUUUUAGACGUUGACAGCUUUGAUUUCCCAAAUCACGAAGCAUGUGUGGAUUUCAUCAACAAGUUUCUGAGUUUCCAGAGCGAAUUCUACUUGCGUGAAUUCAAGCUAGUCACUGAAUGUGUCUCUAUUUACGAGCCCUGUCUCGUUAGAGUGCUGAAGCGCAAGAUCCAACACUUCCAAGUUGAUAAUCAGUUCGCACUUCAGAGCAUGAAGAUUCCAUUAAACCAAUCUGUUUGUGAGAAUUUGGUAUGCUUAAAGCUCUAUUUUACAAGGCUGACUGAGUUUGAGUCUCUUUCCUUACCCUGUCUCAAGAUCAUGUACUUGAAAGGUGUUAAAUUGCCUAGGAAUGUAGUUGUUGAGAUUGAUACUCCGAGGCUUGAGUAUUUGACUCUCAUAGAUUACAACUUCAAAAGAUUCUUCAAGAUUAUCAGUAUGAGUGAUUCUGUCAAGGUUGAUAUCGAUGUCGACCGCCGCGACCUAGUGGAUUACAUAUUAUCGGAAAUAAAUCUUAUCUAUAAACUUCUUAGCAAUUUUACAGCCGUUAAAGGUAUGACCAUCUCACGGAAGACUCUUCAGUUGAUCUAUUUUUUCCGAAACGACAUUAACCCACUACCCAAAUUUCGUGACUUGAUCCGUCUGCGUGCUUCAAUGUUCUUAGACACCUCUAUGGUAUUAUUGCCAAUCGUUCUUGAGAGCUGCCCCAAUCUUAAACAUUUGACCUUGGUAAUGACUUGCUUUAGUUUACACUUUACAAGUUCUUACCUAACAAAGCUUUCGACUGUGCUGUCUUUUUGUUUGGUAUCGUCCCUUGAGUCUGUUGAAAUGGAAAGCCCGAUCACGGAGAAAGAAACAGAGAAGAAACUGGUCAGAUACUUUCUCGACAACGCGACCUCACUCAAGAAGCUCGUUCUACGUUUGAAUCUGUCUUGCGGAGAGAAACAAGAGCCUGAUGAUCACUUGAAAUCACUCUUUGACUCUCCAAGACGCUCUAGUUUGUGUAAAUUUGAAGUUACAGUGGUUCAGACUGCAAAAGUAUGA